AUGACCGUCAGAAGCACCAAAAGCAGAAGAGAACAUCAAGGCCACUCGAAUAAGAGGGGUUUUAAACUCGCUCCUGGGGAGAAUAAGAGGGGUUUUAAACCCGCUCCUGGGGAGAAUAAGAGCGGUUUUAAACUCGCUCCUGGGGAGAAUGAGAGCGGUUUUAAACUCGCUCCUGGGGAGAAUGAGAGCGGUUUUAAACUCGCUCCUGGGGAGAAUGAGAGCGGUUUUAAACCCGCUCCUGGGGAGAAUGAGAGCGGUUUUAAACCCGCUCCUGGGGAGAAUGAGAGCGGUUUUAAACCCGCUCCUGGGGAGAAUGAGAGCGGUUUUAAACCCGCUCCUGGGGAGAAUGAGAGCGGUUUUAAACCCGCUCCUGGGGAGAAUAAGAGCGGUUUUAAACUCGCUCCUGGGGAGAAUAAGAGGGGUUUUAAACCCGCUCCUGGGGAGAAUAAGAGGGGUUUUAAACCCGCUCCUGGGGAGAAUAAGAGCGGUUUUAAACUCGCUCCUGGGGAGAAUAAGAGCGGUUUUAAACCCGCUCCUGGGGAGAAUAAGAGCGGUUUUAAACUCGCUCCUGGGGAGAAUAAGAGCGGUUUUAAACUCGCUCCUGAGGAGAAUGAGAGCGGUUUUAAACUCGCUCCUGGGCAGAAUAAGAGCGGUUUUAAACCCGCUCCUGGGGAGAAUAAGAGCGGUUUUAAACUCGCUCCUGGGGAGAAUAAGAGCGGUUUUAAACCCGCUCCUGGGGAGAAUAAGAGCGGUUUUAAACUCGCUCCUGGGGAGAAUAAGAGCGGUUUUAAACUCGCUCCUGGGGAGAAUGAGAGCGGUUUUAAACUCGCUCCUGGGCAGAAUAAGAGCGGUUUUAAACCCGCUCCUGGGGAGAAUAAGAGCGGUUUUAAACUCGCUCCUGGGGAGAAUGAGAGCGGUUUUAAACUCGCUCCUGGGCAGAAUAAGAGCGGUUUUAAACCCGCUCCUGGGGAGAAUAAGAGCGGUUUUAAACUCGCUCCUGGGGAGAAUGAGAGUGGUUUUAAACUCGCUCCUGAGGAGAAUGAGAGCGGUUUUAAACUCGCUCCUGGGCAGAAUAAGAGCGGUUUUAAACCCGCUCCUGGGGAGAAUAAGAGCGGUUUUAAACUCGCUCCUGGGGAGAAUGAGAGUGGUUUUAAACCCGCUCCUGGGGAGAAUGAGAGCGGUUUUAAACUCGCUCCUGGGGAGAAUGAGAGUGGUUUUAAACCCGCUCCUGGGGAGAAUAAGAGCGGUUUUAAACUCGCUCCUGGGGAGAAUGAGAGUGGUUUUAAACUCGCUCCUGAGGAGAAUGAGAGCGGUUUUAAACUCGCUCCUGGGCAGAAUAAGAGCGGUUUUAAACCCGCUCCUGGGGAGAAUAAGAGCGGUUUUAAACUCGCUCCUGGGGAGAAUGAGAGUGGUUUUAAACCCGCUCCUGGGGAGAAUGAGAGCGGUUUUAAACUCGCUCCUGGGGAGAAUGAGAGCGGUUUUAAACCCGCUCCUGGGGAGAAUGAGAGCGGUUUUAAACUCGCUCCUGGGGAGAAUGAGAGCGGUUUUAAACCCGCUCCUGGGGAGAAUAAGAGCGGUUUUAAACCCGCUCCUGGGGAGAAUAAGAGCGGUUUUAAACUCGCUCCUGAGGAGAAUGAGAGCGGUUUUAAACUCGCUCCUGGGGAGAAUGAGAGCGGUUUUAAACUCGCUCCUGGGCAGAAUAAGAGCGGUUUUAAACCCGCUCCUGGGGAGAAUAAGAGCGGUUUUAAACUCGCUCCUGGGGAGAAUGAGAGUGGUUUUAAACCCGCUCCUGGGGAGAAUGAGAGCGGUUUUAAACCCGCUCCUGGGGAGAAUGAGAGCGGUUUUAAACUCGCUCCUGGGGAGAAUGAGAGUGGUUUUAAACCCGCUCCUGGGGAGAAUGAGAGCGGUUUUAAACUCGCUCCUGGGGAGAAUGAGAGCGGUUUUAAUGGAGAAAUCCGAGCCAAACGCCGCGAGUCUCUCCGGCUUUGUUUACCCGGGAUUCAGGUGCAUUGUGGGAGCGCCGCGGUGAUUGACUGGCGUGGCGGCCAUUUUGCCGCUGGCCGCCGAGCUCCCAUUGUGUGA